CUGCUAAUCUCGCCGGGGAUGCUCGUUUUAUGCUCGUUUCGGUAAGAAAAGACGGUGAAAAGUCUAAGAACUGCUCGCGGUUCGAAGAGUUUCCAAUCAAUCGGAUCGAGUGAGAACCAAGAAAUCGGGAGCAGUUCAUCAAUCAAUCAACCAAUCAAUCUUCGAUUAGGGUGGACUGGACUCUGAAGGUGUGCUAAGAGUUGAGUGCAGAGUGUUUGGACCCUUAUUCAGAGCCAGCUGCGGUCAUUGUGUGUGAAUUACUGCCACGUGAGUGAGAAGUAGCUGCGGUUGGAAUCGUAAGAAGUGUUCGAUCGUUUACCGGAUGGGUGGUUGAGAUGUGCAUCUGAAGAUGAAAUUUGUGCAAAUGAGAUGCUGAUUAAAUCGCACCCCACUUUGCAAGAUAAUCAUAAUCGGUGGAAGCCAGAAGCAGCACAAAAGCAUAAUCGUACUGAGUGAGCCGCUUGUGAGACGGGAACUUAAAACGCAAAACGCAUAGAAGGUGAAGAGAGGCCAACAGCAACGAAAAUUACAAGUAGUGCAUUGAAGAUUCAGUAUCGGCUUGAAGAGGGCUUCAAAUGCUUGGUGGUUGAAGUUUAAUUAUUACAUAAAGUUAACCAAGAAAGAGCACAUGAGGAACAGAAGUGGUUUUACACAAAACGAAUAGUAACAAAAAAAAAUCGUUGUGGAAUUGGGAUCGUGCGUCAGAAGAUCGGUUACUUCCUGAAAACUAGAAGACUGGUAAACCGAAUUAGCUAAAUCGUUGAUGAUACAGUGCUUUCGGUGCGGAUCAAAGUGAUUAGGUAACUGUUGGGAAUCCAAAACGAAGAAAGUAAAUCGUGAAAAACUUGAGCCACCCAGAAGUAGAUUGGGGAUUGACGUUGGAGAUCAGAGGAAAGCUAAACGAACUUUACGUGACCGUGACACAGAAGCGAUUGGAUAACGCCUCAGCAUCGUCAUGUGGAAGUACAUUGUCAUUGUGUCGGUGUUCGGAGUGUACCUGCUUAGGAACCAUCAAAUAAAUGGGCAAGUGUUUGGUUACGAACCGGACGUGGACUACCCGGCGUACGACAGGAUUCCCUCCGGCUUGACGUUCCGCUGCUCGGAUAAGCUGCCCGGGUACUACGCAGAUAUCGACACACGCUGCCAGAUCUGGCACUGGUGCCUCCCGAACGGCUACAUGUUCUCUUUCCUGUGCCCCAACGGAACCGUUUUCAAUCAAGCUCAUCGGGUGUGCGACUGGUGGACCAACGUGAACUGUGGAGAUUCGUUAGGACUGUACGAUAACAACAAUGAACUGUACCGAGACGUGGAAGGAAAUCUGAUAGCUGGAUAACGACCUGUUCGGGGGAUUAGUUAUCGUGUAUUCCUAUAAUUUAUUGCUGUUAAGUUUUAAUCGUACCUUCCUAGUGUAUGUAGAGAGACGUUUCGACUAUGAUUGUACCGAGAACUUUGUAAAAUGUAACGUUGUACUAAGACCUAAACCGACAUAGUGAAUUUGUAUGAACCAGCUGAAUUUUUUACCGUGAUCAAAGUCAUAUGAGAUUUUUUUCAGUUAGCUGUUUUGAGCGUUUUUUAUUUUGUAAAUAUG